CAGGCUUUGUAGGAAUUUAUAUUUGUGUCUUUUUCGAAACGGUUAGCCACGGCUGUACUGUGAGGAAAAGCAUUUGAAAGUGUUUGGUAGUUUGGUGCCCUCUAGCGGCGAAAACAUAAACGUCUCCAUAAUCUAUAAUUCUGUAAACAUCCUAAACGUCACUUCCUGUUAGAAUCAGCUGCAAAACAUAGAUAGAAGGAAGGUCUUAGACAUUAUUUCGUGCAUUUGGUUAUUUUUGUGAUAUAAUUCGUGCUCCAUUUUAAAAAACAAAAAACAAAAUUAUUAUUACGUACGACGGUUAUGAAGGGCCCCAGCACAGACAGCGGCGUGAUGGAAGUAAUGGACGAGAGCACUACAUCGCCCAUCGACCCAAACAGUGAUGACCUCCCACCGUACCUGCGUGAGGAUCCACCAGAAGAUUUGGACAAAGACCAUCCAAAGAGCGAAGGGGGUGUGGUCUGGAGGAUGACGGGUGGCCUCUUUAACCUGACCAAAGGAGCGGUGGGCGCCACUCUUGGAGGAGUGGCCUGGGUGGGCAGCAAAAGCUUCGAGCUGACCAAAACGGCCGUGACGAGCGUCCCGGCAGCCGGGGUGGGAUUGGUCAAAGGCAGCGUCUCCGUGGUAACAGGUGGAGUCGGGGCGGUUGGGUCAGCCGUGGCCAGCAAAGUCACGACGAAGAAGAAGGACAAAUCGGAUUAGCGUGCCUGACGGCUCGGUGCACGUUUACUCCGACGUUUCCGUUACUGUCUGAGCAGGUGUACGGUCACUCUGUUGGGUUUGCGCAUUACCAAACAGUACAUAAUGCUGAUUAUGAUUAUGAUCAAUUUUCUGGCUGAAGUUGCCCUCUUGUGUCUCACAUUACAAACAUUGUUAGCACUACAGAAGGCAAAAAAGGUCAACUUCUGCAUUUACUGCUGGCGUGCGUCUGAUGAUCGGGCUCUUUUACUGGUUGUUCGUCUAAUAGUUUCUAAUUCUUUUUGUUUAUUUUGGCUUCGCUAAUAUUAUAAACGAGGGACAGGACAGCUUCAUUUACAUGACUUCGGGGAGGAAAAAAGAAUAAAACGUGAAUACAUGGCGUAUUUUUUAGGACGUACACGUGUGAAAUUGAAGUAUUACAGGAUUUCUGUCUUUUCACCUUUUUCUCUAAAAUAACAAUACUUUUCCUAAUCUGUAAUAUAUCUUUUGAGGAAACUAAAACAAAACAUAUACAGAUCCUAAUCCUGGAAAGCACCCCUUUAAUCAGAGACGGUGUUUAAAUAUUCAUUCCAGACACAACACGUUCGUCAUGAAACUCUGUGUCUUUGAAUGAAUGAAGGAAGAAAUUUUGUGACGCUUAAGUUUCCUAUUAAUCCUGAACCCCAUAAGAUAAAUGGUGUCUGAUUUUUAAUAGUACUUUUCUUUCAUGUUAGUAAUAAAUGAAUAAGGACGUGCAAAAUGUAGUUUCUAGGCUUCUAAUCAGACAUAGACCCUAAUAUUAUUCUUCAGAGUGCAUACACGAAUUAAAACACACUCCGGUCCGUAUAACACUGGCGUUUGCGUAUAACGAUAAUCGCUUUCCAUUUUAAUUGUUCAUAUAUGAUAUGAUCUGUACCUGUCUCAGUGGGCUGCGCUUACAUCGGAUUAGUGAGCUGACUAGAAUGGCUAGGUAGCUGAUUUAAAAAAAAAAAAAAGGAUAAAGAGGAUGUAUGAUACAUUCCUGUUAUAAGUAGUUGUAUACCAAGGCGUUAUAGUUUUACACAUCUUUAAUUAGAUGAGUGAAUCUGCAAAUACAAUCAAUACAGUUACAAGUCUAAAUUUAUAGUUUAACAUUCAGGAAUCACAACGGUAUAUAUUUACGAAUGAUCCUUUACAGGUGCAAAAAGAUGAUUAUUAGUGUUUUUACUUGUGUUACAUCUGACUGUUAAGAAGAACAAUUUUUGGUAGUGAUAUUAAUUAGCCCGGAGCAUAGAGGAUAGAAAAUUUUAAAAUAAGAAAUGCGAGGGGAAUUUGAAACAGUGUCCGAAGUCACUUUGUAUUUAAGUCUAUAUCAAGGGGAAAAAAAAGUCUGUUAAGACUUAAAUACUGUCUACGUACAACGAUGAAACUUAACAGCUCGUAGCUGAAAUGUUACCCAAAGACCUUCUGCCUUUUAGCUUCAUCCGGCUUUAUUUUAAUAUAUAUAUAUAUUUUAUUUCCAGAAACACACUGAAAGCAGAGAUAAAGAUUACAGAUGCAUAAAGUCGCUUCUGCCAGGAAUUCAAGUCCUGUUUCAGUUUUCAUAGUUUUAUAAUAAGGCAUGUUAGUCAGUUUUUAGUCAAAGUACAGCUUUUUGUUCGCCAGCAAACAGCUUCGACUUGAAUGUUAGGCUUGUUAAUGAAUUUAUGAUCAAUCCUUGUCUUAUGAGCCGUCAAUCGAGGACCAUUAAAACAGCAUGCAAUUUGUUUUCUGUAAAGUAAGACCUACGUAGCUGAAUGGUUAUGGCUAUUGAUUGUAGGGACAGCACAACCAAACUACCACUAUUGGACAAUUGAUUUUUUUAUUUUAUUUUUUUUAAACCAAAAUGGGGGGAAAAAAGCCAAUUUUUCAAUUUUGUGCUCAAAUCAAAAAUGGAACAAAUGAUAACGAGCAUUCACUUUCGGGCGUUUUUUUUUUUUUCAUCAGACAAUUUAUAUAAACUAAAAGUGUUUACUUGGGAUGAUAUAUUUUUUUUCUCUUAAAGAUACUAUUUAAGGAAGCCAAACAUGUAACCCUUUGAUGAACUACGGUUAAAUAGUACUGUAUAGCAGUUCAACCUGAAAGCAAGGUCUAUUAGCAGCACAGGGCUUUUAGGGGCGUCGCUCUUACACGUUAAGAUCUUUACAGCGUUUACAGCUUUGAAAUCAAAACUUAAUGUAUCUAAACUUAAUAGAAAAUCUUAAAUAAAUAAGCACCAAGAUUGACACGAAAUUUACAAUACGAGUAUGGAGGCUAAAUGUUUUAGGCUAACGUUUAAUACUUUCCUUACAGAAAAUGGUCCAGUGCAAUUAAGAUAUAAAGGUGUGAUAGUAAAUCAAUUCAAAUUAAGCACUCUUUGAAAACUAACCUUUGAAAAUUGAGGAUGAAAUAUGCUAGCUUUGUCAAAUAUAAUGUAUAUAUUUUAUGUGGUGCAUAAAGUACCUUACUGUGAACUGAUAUACAUGGGCUUGAUCAUCGACCAGGCAUUGUUGGUUGUGUUGUGUUUAGUAAUAAUAAUAAUAAUAAUAAUAAUUAAUGACAUGCAUUUUUGCUAAGUGCUUUAGAGCAUAUACUCUUUACAACAUAAUUGAUUAUAUUUAAAUAUUAAGGAUUAUUUAAAAAAACAAAGGUGCAAUGUUCACCCUGUAUAAUCAUACUGUAUAUACAGUGAGUUUGUGUAGUGUUAUGAAGUUGUUAAUUCUUGUGUUGAGCUCGUGGAAGCUUUUUUUUCUGCUUGCAGCGCUGUUAAUGCCAAAUAUCAUCCCUAAAAGCCACAUAUAGAUGUUUAAAUGCAGUUCCUCAGAGGGGUACAUGUUUGGGUUCCUUAAAUGGCGCGUAAAUCUCAAUGCACUUUAGGAAAAAGUAAAAUAAUUAUGUCUUUUAAAAUACAACUAUUUAGCUUUUUAGCUGUUAAUUUUAAACAAAACUGAAAGCGAGCACUAUUAUGCAUUGUUUUCUUUUUUUUUUCCAUUUUUGGUUUAAGCACGAAAAAUUAUUUUUAUUAUUAUUAUUUUGGUUUCUGAAACAAAUGCUUAUAGAAGAAAGUAAAAGAAACAGAUGUCAGAUGUAACUUGUCUUUGAUUUUUCAAGUUCAAAUUUUUCAAAUUUUAUUCGUCACAUACUGUACACAACCAUAUACAGUAUGUCAUGCAGUGAAACGUUUUUACGUCCUUGACUGGCUACAAAUGAGAAAUUUACGCUACAAAAUACAAUUAAACUAUUAAAUGCACUAAAUUCGCAAUAAUAAAUACUGGGAGUUAAGUUACGAGAUAAAAUAGAGGUAAUUAGAAUUUUUGUUUUUUUGUAAUGAAAAACUCGGAUUAAGGACCUUAACGCUUUCCUGCUUAGUUGUGAGUUUAAAACUAAAAGCGUCAGCCAAACGAGGAUAAUGUACACAUGAGAAUAAGGAAUCGCUAAUGUUAAGCGAGAACCUGAUCAGCAGAUUAACAAGUUUAACUAUUGAUUUGGAAUCCGUUGGAAUUACUUCUGACAGGAGAUGAGCUCUGUAUCAUGUUGCCUUACAUACUGUAACAACUCCAUUUAAGCAAGAGGAUAAUUUGUUGAAAAUCUACACAUGUAUAACGUACCUACUCAACAAACAUCAUAUAUUAAAUGUUUUUAAGACGUUUAUCGGCAAAAAUAUUUACCUGGAUGGACGUUGUUGCAUUGCAUUCUGGAAAGACACUCGGUUUGAGGGUUCGUAGGUCAUCGCCGAGCUUAGUUAGGCUCAAAAUACCCAUCGCGCCAGCAGCGCACGUUAAAAAAAAUAUUUGAAUCAUAAUGCAUUAAUCUGUACCACAAAUCAGGUAGACUAUGUGGAAUGAGCUGUACAGUAGUUGCUGUAUAGAAUAUGGAAAUGUAUCUGCUAUAACGCUUAAGAGAUGUGGGCUUUAAAUCCAGCACCAGUAUAAUUUCCACUAAUGUAAUUUGUCCCAUCAACCUCAGUUUACUGUACGUAGAACUUCAGCACAAAGUGUUGAAAGUAUUUUUUUCUGUUUUCCUUCGUGAGUUUCUCCUCCUUUGUGUCUUUUUAGACUCGCAUUUGACUGUGUGUUUGUUUGUUUGUUUGUGUAUGUGUGCAAAAUUCCCAGCUUCUCAUGACAUGUCGCAUGCUCCUUCCCAGCUCUUCUUACGCUGUCGAACUGUCUCGCUGUUCUGAUCCAUCUCCAGGAUAUUAGUGAGGGACCUGUUAUGGUGGAGGCUCUGUUACUCGAAAUUGAACUGUAGAAAAGUAGAUUUUUUUGUCUAUUAUAGAACUAUUUUUGCUAAAUUGAUGCUGUAUUCUAUGAUUAAAGCAAUUCUGUAUUUUA